AUGUCAUCACUCCCGCGUCACGGCCUCCGUCCAUCAACCACCUUCCUUUACUCAAAAGCGACAACAUCUCACCAAUUCAAACUCCCAAUCGCAUCCCGAAUUUUUCAUAAUACCAAACCAUCAAAUCAGUUCACCCCAAACCAUCACCACCACUUCUCCACCUCCAAAAUGGGCUCCAACUCCUUCGACCAAGAUUGGAAAACCGCCGCCCCCUACCUCCCCUCCUCCAAGGCCGAAGUCGACGGCAAGCCCUUCGACAAGAAGAUCCGCGGCGAGUGCCACUGCGGCCAGGUCUCCUACUGGCUCUCGCGCGACCGCCCGCUGGCCUCCAAGUUCUGCCACUGCCGCGACUGCCAGAAGAUGCACGGCGCGCCCUUCCAGUGGGCCGCCAUCUUCCACAAGACCGACCUCGCCUUCGACCGCGGCGUAGACGGGCUCGCGUUCUACAACUCGGGCUCCAAGAAGACCUCGCACGACCUGCCGUGCAAGGUGUCGUGCGGCCACUGCGGGAGCAGGAUCAUGGACGAGGGGAGGAAUAUGGUGUUGCUGUUUCCGGGGCUUUUGCAUUUUGACGAGGAGGAGAAGAGGGAGAAGUUUGAUGUGCAGAUGCACAUCUUUUAUAAGCAGAGGGUGGUCGAUUUACCUGAUGGCAGACCGAAGUGGGCUGCCUUGGACGAGAAGAGCGAGCUGAUGGAUGAAUUGCUCGAUGAUGAGAAAAGCGAGAAGAUUUCUGUCUCCAAGGCGACGGAAUCCUCAGAGUCGGCGAAGAGGAAACGAACGGCCUAA